AUGAUUGAUGUCCAUGCCCAUAUCCAGUCUAUAAACUUUCCCGAAGAAAGUUUGAGCAAGAUGGUUGAUCUUGCUCGAGAAGCAGGCGUGACACAAAUUGUAAGUGUAUCUGAAUCUGUCUUUGAUGCUCUGGAUGUCUUGAACGUUGCACGUACAUCGAAUGGCUUGAUCUGGCCUGGACUGGGUCUACAUCCUGUACAACCCCUAUCCAAAGAAGACAAUCAACCAAGAUCAGUUACUCUAAAAGACCUUGAAGAAUUCGAGCCUAUUCUCCAGCAGAGUAUUUCUGCCAAAGAGAUUUGUUGCAUUGGUGAAAUUGGCCUGGAUUUUUCACUACAUAUAUUGGCCAAGAAUACCCACAACCCAAGUACUCUUUCUGAAGAUGAACUCAAGAAUAUCCAGCGUCAAGUGUUUAAAAGACAAGUGGAAAUGGCCAUUGACGCUGAUCUAACUGUGAAUGUCCAUUCAAGAUCAGCAGGUCAUCAUGCACUAGCAAUCUUGUACGAGUGCAAUGCAAAGCGAGUUAUAAUGCAUGCUUUUGAUGGAAAGGUUUCAUAUGCGAAAAAGGCAGUCGAAGCAGGAUAUUAUUUCUCUGUUCCGCCAUCAAUUGUACGCUCACCAGAGAAGCAGAAUCUAGUGGCUGCCUUGCCUCUAUCACACCUCUUGUUAGAAUCUGAUUCUCCUGCACUGGGCCCUCAAAAGAAUGUUGACAACACUCCAGCCAACAUUCUCCUGGCGGCCAUGGAAAUUGCGCGCAUCAAAAAAGUGGAUGUGGAACAAGUGGUAAAGUCAGAAACAAAAGCACUCUUAUUUUCCCUUCCUUCAAAGGCUCAGAAAGAGAUUAAAGGAAAAUAA